AUGGGUUUAGUGGUUCAGAAGACUCGGUCCUCAGUGUUCAGAAGACUCGGUCCUCAGUGUUCAGAAGACUCGGUCCUCAGGGUUCAGAAGACUCGGCCCUCAGGGUUCAGAAGACUCGGUCCUCAGGGUUCAGAAGGCUCGGUCCUCAGGGUUCAGAAGACUCGGUCCUCAGGGUUCAGAAGACUCGGUCCUCAGGGUUCAGAAGGCUUGGUCCUCAGGGUUCAGAAGACUCGGUCCUCAGGGUUCAGAAGACUCGGUCCUCAGGGUUCAGAAGGCUCGGUCCUCAGGGUUCAUAAGACUCGGUCCUCAGGGUUCAGAAGGCUCGGUCCUCAGGGUUCAGAAGACUCGGUCCUCAUGCUAACCAGGCGCGACAAGCUAAACAUCGUAUUCAUCAACUCUUGUGUUUUCACUUUCACUCCUCGCCGCUGUGGCAUUUUUCUUGGAGACGUGCUGUGA